AAAUUCAAAAUUAAUAAUCGGGGCUGAUCGUGGGGUACCGACAGAAGUUACCAUGGAAACCACUUCAUAAAUAAAAAGUUUCGCAUUUCGCGUCCAUUGUCGACUUCAAAAAAUGCUUUCAGCAUCUGUUGCAAUUAACGACGGCGAUUUUACAAAAACUACAUACAAUUUGAUAAAGGAAGAACGGUAUGGCGAAGCUAUAAGAAUCCUACAUGGAAUACCAGAAUCUAAUUUAACAAGGGCAGGUUUAUCUUUAUUAGCAUACUGUUAUUACUACACACAAGAUUUUAACAAUGCAGCUACAUAUUAUGAACAACUCGUCCAGAUGUUUCCAAAUAAUACUGACUACAAAUUAUAUUAUGCACAAUCGUUACAUCAGGCUUGCAUGUACAUUGAUGCUUACAAAAUUACAGAGGAAAUAACAAACUCAGAGUACAAACUAAAGGUAAAAAAAAUACAGUCUGCUAUUAAAUAUGGUGAGGAGGACUUUACAACAUCUAGAGAAAUAAUAGAAUCAUUUCUUAAUGAAGAUGCAGACUCUGAUAUUAAUAUUGGAUGUAUUUUGUUCCAGGAAGGAUAUUAUGAAGAAGCACUGAAUAAGUUUCUUAUUUGUCUACAAAACACAGGUUUUAAACCUUAUAUAAGCUACAAUAUUGCUCUUUGCUAUUACAAAUUAAAAGAAUAUGGUUUGGCACUCAAAAAUUGUGCUGAUAUAAUUGAGAGGGGCAUAAAAGAUCAUCCUGAACUUGGUGUGGGAAUGCAAACAGAAGGUAUUGAAGUCAGAUCUGUUGGAAAUACUUUAACAUUACAUGAAACUGCUCUCACAGAGGCAUUUAAUUUGAAAGCUGCCAUUGAGUAUCAAUUAAAAAAUUUAUAUACAUGUAAAAAGGAGUACUGUAUCGAUCUAGAAAAAAUAAAUUAG